UUAUACAUUAUUAACUUUUUUUUCACGACUAUGUAUAAAAUAAUUUAAGCACUAAAUAAAAAAAAUAUGGUUUCCAAACUUACAUUUGUUGUGUCGUUAACUUCAUUUUUAUUUACUGUCAAUGGAUUGUAUGAAGAUCAAGUUGGAAAAUUUGACUGGAAACAAAAUUAUGUUGGCGAAGUUAAAUUUUCAUCAAUUGAUGUUGAUGUAACAACAAAAAGGUUAUAUGUUGCAACUAAGAAAAAUGUUGUAGCUUCAUUAGCCAUAGAUACUGGUGACAUUAUUUGGAGACAAAUUUUGGAAAAAGGCCCCGAAGGUAGUGUUGAACUAAUACAUCCAACCAAAUCUAAAAUCAUUACAGUUAGUGGAAUUGAUGUUAUCAAAGUGAGAGGAUGGGAUGUCAAAGAUGGAUAUUUACAUUUUGAAUGGAGUACAGAGACUAGUAACGUCUUGUAUUUGUUUGUUUUUAACGGACUUCUCCAUAAUGUGUAUUCAUCAAACAAUUUAAUUGCUGUUGAUACAUAUCAUUUAGAAACAGGUGUCAAAGGAAAAGCUACUUAUACUUUCCCAGCAUAUUGGUUUAGUGGUUUUGAUCGUUGUGCAUUAUCAUCUGGAAGUUUAGCCUGUUUUGAUGUAGCUGGAAAAUUAAAUAUUGGAUCAUUAAUAAAAUCUAAUAAUGAUCGUCUAAGUCUUGAUAUAAUAGGAGAUAAUAUUGAAGCUAUUCCUGGAAGCCCAAUACCUGCAUUUAUUAUAACAAAUAAAAAUGUAGAAAAAUUAAUUUAUGUCAAAGAUAAUACAAUUCAUACACGAUCUUUAACAAAACGAUCAUCACCAUUUAUAUAUACAUAUAUGGCUGACAGGCAUAUUUUAUUACAAAUUUCUUCACCUGUACAAGAUACUAUUGUAACAGAAGGAUCAAUACUGGAGGAUUCUACUAUGAUUGAAAGUUUGUCAUCAAAAGAGUCUAAGAGUACAUUAAAAAUUUCUAAUCCAAAAAUAUCUUCUGCUUUUUGUGCUCGUAGUAAAGCAAAUACUGUUAACUGUGUCACUUUAGUUUCAACACACGAUCAAUCAUUAAUGCUUCUUAAAAUGCCAGGUUCAAUAAAAUGGCAUAGAGAAGAAUCUUUAACUAAUAUUAUAAAUGUAGAGCUGGUGGAUUUACCAGUUUCUGAUAUUGAAGCAGCAAUUGAAAAGGAAUUUGGAAACAAAGAAUCUGGCGCUUUCAGUAUGUUUGUUCGUCGUUUGUUCAGUCAGUUACAACAAUUACGUAUUCUAUUUGAAACUGUAUUUGGAAUUAUAGAAUCACCAUCUGAAACGACAGGAACCAAAAGUAAUUUAGUCCGGGAUCAGUUUGGCUUACAUAAAAUUAUUGUGGCUGUUACUAGUGCAGGAAAGGUAUUUGGCAUUGAUAAUUUAAAUGGUGAAAUACUAUGGUCUGUCCUGUUAUGUGGUGUUGGAACAUUUUAUGAAAACAAGGUUAAUAGAUUGCCAUCAGCUCCUAUGCAUUUACAAAGAAAUUCAAAGCAUUUAUCAUAUUCACCAAUGUGUACAUUGUUGUUGAAAAGCGAAGAUUCAGAAAAUACAGUUUUGUUUACAUUUAAUCCCAUUAAUGGUGAAUCCAAAAAUGGUAUUACACAACUUCCAUAUAGAGUUGUACAAGCUGUUCCUCUUCCAGUUUUGAAUAUUGAAUCAAUCCGUAGUCUAAUAUUGUUUGAUAGCUCCAAUUCUCCUCAUCUUUAUCCUGCUGAUAUACCAUUAUCUUCAAAACCACCUCCUAUUUACAUAUAUAUUGCUAAUCCUAUAAAUGGCUUACUGCAAGGAUUUACUGUUGAUGUACCAAUUUCAGGAAAGGAGUUUUCUGCUAAAGAAGUUUGGAAAAUACAAUUUAAUAAACCUACUCAAAUUAUAGCAAUUGGCUCACGAGAUGCUAUGGAACAUGUACAUUCCCAGGGUAGAGUACUGAGUGACAGAAGUGUUUUAUACAAAUAUAUUAAUCCUAACAUGGUGGCUAUUUUGACAUUGGCUCCAGAUACUACUCAUAAAAGUGUUUUGACGUUACAUUUAUUGGAUGCAGUCAGUGGUAUAAUUAUUUACUCAGUUGUUCAUAAACGAGCUUCUCAUCCUAUUCAUUUAAUUCAUUCUGAAAACUGGUUGUUAUGUUCUUAUUACAAUGACAAAACUAGACGAACUGAAAUAACAUCUUAUGAGCUUUAUGAUGGAAAUCAACUUUCAAAUUCUACAAAUUUUUCUUCUGUUGGUGGUAGUUUGAUCCCUCCAAUUGUAGAAAAGCAAGCUUACAUACUUCCUGGAUUUUUACAAGCCAUGAAACCAACCAUCACUGAAAAAGGAAUUACAAGCAAACAUAUAUUAAUGGCUACUACAACUGGUCAUUUAUUAGAAGUUCCAUGGGCAUUUUUAGACCCUCGUAGACCAUUAGGUGAACCUAAAGAAGAAGGAGCAAUACCGUAUAUUCCUGAACUUCCAAUGCCAUCUGAAUCUAUGAUCAAUUAUAACAAAAGUCUUAUGCGAGUUGAUGGCAUAUACACUACACCUAGCAGUCUAGAAUCUACAUGCUUAGUUUUUGUUUAUGGAUUGGAUCUAUUUUAUACAAGAGUUGCACCUUCAAAAACGUUUGAUGUACUGAAAGAAGAUUUUGAUUAUUUAGUAAUAAUUGUUGUUACUACAAUUCUUUUAAUAAGUGCUUAUGUAACAAAAAAUCUCGCCUCACAAAAAGCAUUAAAACAAGCGUGGAAAUGAAUCAAUACAAAAAUAUAACCACUUAUUGGUUUAAUGAUUAAUUGAAUCAUAAAUCUUGAUAAUAUCAAAAAAUUAAU